AUGACCUCACUAAAGCAAAGUGGUGAGCACGCUAGAACAAGCUUGAAAGUGUUACAAACACUCACCUACAACUGCACUGGUCCAGAUCGGCUUGAUCAAUUGGCUACUAAGCUUGACACCCUCAUCACAGAGUUUCGUGCAAUUCUACCAAAAACUGAGGGAUUGAUUCUUCGGCCUCAAGCACGUUUCUCUGCAAGAAAGAAAACCCAACAAAUCAAACACAAGUAUCUGAACCUCACUUCAAGGCUAAAACGUGGACGCCCGAAGUCUUAUUGGAAGUACAGAAACAGAGUGGGACAAAAAGCUGAUGCUCUCCGUAAGAAAGACGAGAGAGCACCUGAAAGUAAUACUCGUUGUUCUGGGCAACGUAGUGUACAACAGAGUCCUGUUAAACACAUGGUAAAAGCACUAAGACAGGCAAAGGAGAAAUUACUAGAGGAAAACGCUCCAUCUACUCUCAGCCACAAAGCAGGAGAAAAGAAAAGGAAGAGGUGCAACGAAUGGUCUGAGUGCAAAAAAGAGGAUUGUGGUUCAUGUCAUACAUGCAAAGAUAUGCUUAAAUUUGGGGGCAGUGGACGCAAAAAACAAUGCUGUCAAUAUAGAAAAUGCAGAGCAUUAAAAUCAGCAAAUGUCCUUGGUUUGACACUCAAACAAUCGGGUAUUCAGACUUGUAACCAAGACGUCAAGGUGAUAAACACAAGUGUAAACAUGAAGAAUUCCACAUCAUUUUUAAUGUAUCAUGGACGGAAGAUUGACCAAGUAUUAGGGGAUGGGAACUGUUUGUUUCGAGUGCUUGCUAAACAGUUAACAGGUGAUUCAGACAAACAUGGCAUACUAAGAGACAAGCUAUGUGAAUUUAUCACUGUAAACAGUGAGCUUCUAGAGGGGUGGGUCACAGCAGGGGUAACUCUUGAAGAACACCUGGCCUCUGUCACUAAGCCCAACACUUGGGGAACACAGCUGGAACUUAAAGCAGCAGCAACGCUGUUCAACCUUGAUAUAUAUGUUGCCACGAAUUACAUCUGGACAAUGAUAUCUCCACUCAAACCCGUCAGUUCGUGUUGUUUUCUAGAUAAAGAGUGGCUCAUUUAUUUCAACUCUCAACGUAAAUCAUGGCUAGAGAUAUGUCACCAAAAUGGAUGCCAUUAUGAUUGCAUAAAUUCAAUCCAAUGUGGAAAAAACAUAACCAUCUUACCCCCUCCUCUGAAGCUAGGAGAGAGUGCAAACAUCACUAUUUUAUGA